GUGGAGUCAGGACCAGUUUGCGUGCUCACUUUACCGGCGUCUGUAGCGACUCAUGAGCGUGAACCCCGCACGGAGCCAGGUGUUUCCCCGGUAAAGGUAACGAUCGCGUGAGUUAUUUCGGCCGAAAUGUUGAGUUUAAGCGGGCUGUCGGUGGCUCUCGCGCUCGCUCUGGUGCCCGGUCCCGGUGAGGCGCUGAAUGAGGGAGAGUGUGAAGUGUGUGUUUCCUUUCUGGGGAAGUUUUACCAGUCGCUAAAGGACAACAACGUAGAGUUCAAGGCCGCAGACAUCGAGAAAUCCCUCCUAAAGAGCUGCAAAGAUGCAAAAGGCAAAGAAAACCGCUUUUGUUAUUACAUCGGAGCAACAAGCGACGCAGCCACCAAGAUCAUCAACGAGGUGUCCAAACCGCUCAGCUACCACGUCCCCGUGGACAAGAUCUGUGGCAAACUGAAGAAGAAGGACAGUCAGAUCUGUGAACUCAAAUACGACAAACAGCUGGACCUGACCACAGUGGACCUGAAAAAGCUUAAAGUGAAGGACCUGAAGAAGAUCCUGGAGGAGUGGGGCGAGUCCUGCAAAGGCUGCGCCGAAAAGACCGACUUCAUCCGCAAAAUCACGGAGCUCAUGCCCAAGUACGCUCCCGCAGCCGCCAGAGCACGGACAGAUCUGUAACGAGGAGCGCACACAAAACACAACCACACAGCUUUGGACUUGACUCGGACCAGACUGCAAUCCAGCGAGGAGGAGGACCAGGAGGAGGACCAGGAGGAGGACCAGGAGGAGGACCAGGAGGAGGACCAGGAGGCGUUUUGCCUGACAUGUUUGUCUCAGUCUUUCGUGUUUUUUGGGGACAGUCAUCUUGUAAUGUGACUCUGAUUCAGAAGUCUAGAUAUGGGCGUGGACAUGAGGGCGACUGUUAAAAUCAAGCGAAUGAACGUUUCGUGGGAAGUUUGGGAGGAAUUCAUCCGACAGUAUACUUGAUUAACAGAAGCAGGUUUUCUGCUUGUGUCACAGAUUCAUUUCACAGCACACUGGAUAAAAACCUGACUGAUUUCACGAAUAGUCCACUGAUAAAUCCUAAAUCAAAUCACAAAGCAGCGAGCGGCGGGAGGUCAGCGCGGCAGCUCCAGCAUGUUUGUUUAUCGGUCUCUGUGCAGCUUCUCCAGCGUCCGCGACACCACCGGCGUGAUCUUAAUGCCGAAUAAAAAAGACGCGUACAUCGCCUGCGGGUGUGAAAAGUGAAGCCAGUGCAGAAAUGCUUUAAACCUGCAGUUUUUCAAAAAGCCAGCAGGGGGCAAAUCUGUGACAACAUCACAGCUAUUUUUGCAAUUUUCACUUGCCGCCCUGCAAUUUCCCUGCAAAUAAUAAUAUUAAAAACAACUAAAAACAUCA